AUGCAUACUCGCCUCAUCUUCCAACCUUCAACGGUAUUUCUUUUGGGUUGUCCGCUUGGUUUGGUGUUGGUGCAACGAAAACUCACCGGUUGUGAUAUCGAGCCUCUUGAAUUCUGCCAAAUGUUCAACUUGUACUACUCAUUAGAUCCAUGUGGCGUGCGCUUGGAACCAGUACUGAAUCAAAGUCUGUGUCUUCUACCACCUGCAAAUGUUCCAAGGUACCAGCGUUACCCGUUAGGCGACGGUCGCUCUCUCUGCUUUGACUCAUCUGUCGAUCAUUCUUCGCUAUGGGGUAGGAAACGAAUGGAUCACGUCUUGUAUUGCCCGUCAGCAAUGAUGGCUCUCCCCUCUUCGGCUCUGCCAAACAUUUUGCACGCUUCCUAUUGGGAAUCAUUUGACACGACUGCCUUCCUCUUACGCGAAUUCGUCCGAAGCGAGGAAACAGUGCCAGCAACGCUGUCAUCAAGUCUCACCCAUUUGCCACUAAAGAUGAACUUGCCACCGUUAAAGUGGAAGAGAAGAAGGACACGAUUUAAGGUAUCAAAUUUAUCUCCUAACCACCGUGCCAACGACGUUUUAGUGAUUGCCGGUAGUGAAGUCACCGUGGCGGCAAAAUUCUGCUACGGGCCAAUGGACUUAGCUGCUCUGACCAGGGAGCAGGUCUCCGUUUUCGUAUGUCCGCAAGGCGGAGACUGGUAUGAAGUGGGCGUUUAUGAUACUGACUCUCAUGGACGACUGGUGGUCUCAUUGGGAAACUCAUUACCAUGUGGUAUUCAUUCUAUCAAGAUGGUCGUACACGGUGACCGAUCAUAUUUGGAUUCAUUGGUAGCUAUCGUUCCGUCGACGACGCACUGUGUAGUUUUUUCCGUCGACGGCUCUUUGACGGCGUCAGUUUCCGUCACUGGAAGAGAUCCACGAGUUCGACCCAGCGCUGUUGACGUUGUGCGAUAUUGGUAUGAUCAGGGUUAUGUGAUCCUUUACCUCACCGCUCGACCUGAUAUGCAACAACGUGUGUUCUCAGCUUGGCUGGCACAACAUUGUUUUCCGCACGGACUUCUGCUCUUCAAUCCAUCAUUUUCAACGGAUCCACUCAAGCAAAAGUCACUUCAUUUGAAACAUAUAAUCGACAUGGGAAUUCGGAUACAAGCCGCAUACGGCAGCAGCAAGGUACUGCGACUUAAUGAAUUUGAGUUAACCUUUAUGGGUUGGGUUCAAAUGGAAUCGAAGCAUAUUUUACAGAUGAUAGCCUACGUUUUGUUUUACUUACUUGUUAUCCGAAAACCUUUCCUUACAAACUAG